UUACAAAUAUUAAGGGAGUGCUUGUUAAAUUCUAUGGAGAGUGGAUCUGAUAACUUCCUGUACUGGGAACAGUAGAUCCAAUUGCAAGGAUAAGUGGUCAGGUGACUCAGGUGAUAUGCACUUGACACAGUUUCUUACAGCAAAAAGAUCUUUAAAGAGGCUGGUUACAUGCUAACAUUUACAUGUGACCGUGUCUUUCCACUUAUUGUUUAUAACCUAGUACUAUCAUGUAUAGUAAACCUAGAUUGGAUACUAUCAUGUAUAGUGAAACUAGAUUGGAUACUUUCCUCCAAUCUUAGGAGUUAUUAAGAGGAUAGAAAGUGAUUUACUUACUUUUUAAAGCAAAUUCUUCUUUUGGGUCUGCAAAAUAAUAUUGUUUCUUUGAAAAGAUUAAAUUAGAAUUGAUUGUCUGGUUAAAUAAUGUAUUUCUCCAACAUGAAGAAUCAGAGGUCACUUUUUUCAGGUGCAUUCUAUCCAUAAUAUUGCAUUUUUCGAAUCUGAACCGCGCAAUUGAUUCGUCAAAAGGAAACCUAUGAGAUUCUCUGAUCAGAGAGAUCUCAUUUGGCUUUCAUCGUGUAUAAUGUGUCACCAAACAAUUGCGAAAGAAAGGAAUUGCUUCUUAAUGAGGCCAUCCAAUAUAAAAGCAAUUCUAAACCCAAAAAGAUCAUCUUGUGGCUGAGAAUUUCAUCAAAGCAACGUAACCCUUUGGUUUUGUAUUGUCAUUACACACAAUUUAUCCCCUCCUCACAGAUUCUUUUUUUUUAAGCUACAAAUAUCCUUCUCCAUAGCUCUUCCCUCCCUCCCUCCCAUUCACCUGAAGAAAGUACAACUUAAAGAACAAAUCAGAAUCCUCAACAAUGCCAAUGAUGACAUCCUGGGUGUUCCCUACUUGCUUUCUUGUCAUGUCUUUCUUUUUCUCUUGCUCAUCUUGCACAUUCACAAUAACAAACAACUGCCCCAACACCAUAUGGCCUGGAACCCUUGCGGGUGCUGGGACACCUCAACUACCAUCAACUGGAUUCCGGUUAGACUCAGGCCAAAGUGUCAGCAUUCCAACUAUUCCAGGAUGGUCAGGACGACUAUGGGCAAGGACCGGGUGCACAUUUGACGAGUCAGGAGCUGGAACAUGUCAAACAGGGGACUGUGGAGGAAGGCUGGAAUGUGAUGGCAUGGGUGCCACUCCACCUGCAUCCCUCUUUGAGAUAACCCUCGGAACAGGCAAUGGGUUAGAUUUUUAUGAUGUCAGCCUUGUAGAUGGCUACAAUAUACCGCUUAUUGCCGCACCAAGGGGGGCGUCUGGAGCAUGCAAUGCCACAGGCUGCGCUGCAAAUAUCAACAUGGGUUGCCCAAAGGAGCUUCAAGUAGUUGGUGGAGAAGAGGAAGGAGGGGUGGUUGCAUGUAGGAGUGCAUGUGGGGCAUUUGGCUUGGACCAGUACUGCUGCAGUGGUGAGUUUGCGAACCCAACGACAUGCCAACCCUCCUCUUAUUCAACCAUCUUUAAGAGCGCUUGUCCAAGGGCUUAUAGCUAUGCUUUUGAUGAUGGCACAAGCACUUUUACAUGCAAGGCUAAUGAAUAUGCCAUUGUUUUCUGCCCUAGCGUUAAUGGAGUGAAAAAAUCUGAUGAUCCCGUAGUUCCAAUUGAAGAGCCGAGCAACGGGGAGGUAGUGAGCAAAGUUUCUUCCUCGAACAUCCACCUACCCCUUCCAAUGCCAAUCCUUCUAUUCAUCUUAAACUUAUUCUUCUGAGUAUACUAUGACUACUUCACAGCAUUUGACAGCAUGCCUCGAUCGUAGAAGAGAACCUUAAUUGUGCCUUUGAAAGAAAAUAUUGACUGAAUCAAGCACAAUGGAUUGCAAGACAGCAUAAAUGUGAAAGCAAUUAAACUAGAUGAUUUCUUUUGUUAAGGAAUUGACAGCGCAUUCUGCUGAGUGUACCAAGUGCAUGGUAGCAAAUACAUGAUUCUGUGACCUGUUGUCAAAAUGUGCUUAACCAUUUAUUUUAAUUGUAUUGUGUCCGGAAAUUAGACAACAUAAGAUAGGGAUAGAUUCAAGUUAAAUUCAAAUAAAGUACUUAAGUUGGAUUCAAAUAAUAUCAUGUAGCUGAUUAGGAGAUUAGGAUUGAAUUUCAUUUCAAGUUGUAUUGAAAUUUAAAUAGGACUUGGUUCCUAUUUGUUAGAAUUAGAUUGUGAUGAGGUAAUCUCUUCCUUGGUUAUAUAUGUACAUGGAAGGCAUU